GUGAGCUCCGGGGGAAGAGGGAGGAGAGAGAGCCCAGGCCUGAGCUGCGUGUCCUGGGGAGAGGAGGCAGAGAGAGGGGCCUGGAAGCACACGGCCAUGGAGCUCAGCACUGCCCCCGACGAGCUGAACAAACACCACUAACACACUCGCCAGAGACACACACACACACACACACACACACGCACACACACACACACACACACGGCAACGCAGGGACAGAACAGGAACCCCGGAAGACGGGGCAGGUGUGUGUGUGUGCGGCGGAUGUCCCGGAGCGUGGUGGCGGGGGACCUGGUCCCCAGAGACGUGUCGGAGGUUCUGGCCCAGCAGAGCCGGGCCUGUAAGGGGCGGGGCCAGAAGAGAGGAUCCUCCUCUUUAGGGCGGGCCUUCGGUUGGCUCCGCCCCUCGCCGAGGUCCAGGAGCAGCAGUACCGGACCCAGCCGCACCAGAACCACCAACCAGAACCAGAACCGACCCGCAGAGAGCAGCGACACCAGGACCGGACUCACACACCAGCAGCCCUGCAGAGCUGGGCCGAAGGAGGAGGAGCUGGGCAGGCUGACGGUGCACUACACGGCGUCGCCGCACUUCCAGGAGAACGUGUUUAUCGAGGGCAGCAGACCCAAACACCUGCAGGACCUGCACACCGAGGCCCAGGAGGGACUCAAGAUCCUCCUGCAGGAGGAACAUAAAAAUGGUGUGGACUUUCAGACCGACCAGAGUAACUUGGAGGUCGACCCGUGGCCAGAGAGAGAUGCUGCUGGCUCCGGUCACAGAGAGGAGUCAGAGGGUCCCGGGAGCGUCGCUGCAAACUCCUCCACCUCCUCUGUGUCCGCUGCAUCCUCCGUCUCCAACCGCCCCCUGCUCACGCGCCAAGGCUCCACAUUCAAGCCGCUGAACCCCGUGAAGAGGCCGGAGAGGACCAAGAAGAGGACCAGGAGGACCACCAUCAUGGGCAUUCCACAGCAGGUCCAGAGAGAGCUGGUCAUGCAGAGGUCAGCCUUGCCACAGCAGCAGCAGCAGCAGCUUGCUGAUGACGGCGUGACGUCGCUGGAUGUCGCGAUCAUCCCCACCAUCGACGGCGAGACUCCGGCGCCGGACCACGAGGGGGUACGCGUGCACCUGCAGAGCAUCGAGGCCCUGCAGGCGUCCCGCGAGGAGCAGCUCCUGAGGCAGCACCUGCAGGCCCUCUACCGGGACGACCUCGUGCUCGCCCACCACCGUGCCGGCGGCGGCCCGCGGGCAGCGGUCCUGCAGCGCCCCAAGUCCCUGGCGGUGCCGGGCCUCACGUCCUCCAGCUUCCUGCACGAGCCGCUGGGCCCGGUCAUGUCCAUCUCGCCGCAGGCCACCUACCUGUCCAAGAUCAUCCCCAACGCCAUCCUGCCCGCCGGCGUCGACGUCAUCCAGAUCGACCGCAGCCGGCGCAGCCGGAGCAGCAUGCGCGCCGUCAGCAAGAGCAGCCUGGCCUCGGCCAGCCCGCCGUCGUCAUGCCGGUCGGGCGACGACACUCAUGAGCCGCGCUCGUCCGCCAGCUCUCACGGCAGCCAAUCGCAGUCCUCUGAGACUGUCGUGUCCAACUCCUCCACGGUGUCUUCGAAGGGCGCCAACCCCGCCACGGUGGAGCGCCCAAGGGAGCGUGGAGAUUUAAGCAUGCCGCACACCAACACCAGGGUCGCCUUGAGCUCCUUCUGCUCUGAGAGUAAAGGCAUCAACCUGAGGUGUCCAGAGCCCAGGGUGACCACUCUAGCCGAAGUAGUCAAGGACGACGAUGAUGUUGAUGAUGAUGAUGAUGAUGAUGAUGAUGAUGAUGGGGAGAAUGUCAGGAACAGCCGGGCAUUCACCCGCAGUCUGUCUGUGAUGAAGACCAAACAGCCACCCGCCCCCCCCAGGAGAACCUACUCCCUGCACCACGAGAAGGUCAAGAGAAGGUCGAGAGAGCUGGUGGAGGGGAAGGACUGGGGCAAUAAGGAGGGGGGUAAGGGGCGGAACCUGCCCAAAGAGGGCAGUAAUAUGGAGGGGGGUAAGGGGCAGCAGAAUCCCACAGAGGGAAACACAUCUGCAGUCAGAGCAGGCAGCUCUGUUCACUCCUCCAUCUCCAGCACAGUGACGGAAGGUUGCCGGUUGUCCAGCCUCUCCAGCCCUCUGAGUCCUGACCAGCCCUGCAUGGUGGACCAGUCUGAGACCAACAGCUCCUCCCAACAAAACGCCUCCACGGCAGAGAGUAAGUUUGACAGGACUCUGUCCCCCUCCAGUGGUUACUCCAGCCAAAGUGGCACCCCCACGCUCCCUCAGAAGGAUAUCUGCCCUCCUUCACCAGAGAAGCUAAAGACCAAGCCCCCAAAGCCGGAGAGGAGCGGCUCGAGGGCGUCCCCGUCAGUCUCCAACUCCUCUUCAGUCGCAUGUUUGUCCACGGGAGAGUCGUGCGAUCCUGUGCGGCGAGGAAGCACGCCCAACACCACGCCUCCACAGACACUGAAGGCCCCGCCCACGACAGCUCCUCCGCAUUCCGCAGUGGACCUCAGGGAUCUCCUCAACAUUCCACCCCCUCCCAAGGUUAAAGCUCCCUCACCCCCGCCUCCCGAAACCUGGGCACACAACACGCGCACCAUCGAGCUUCUGUGUGGCCCACCUCCAAACGCUACGAGGCUCUUGCAGCUGCAGAGUCAAGUGCAGGGAGUAGUUCACUCGACCCAAAGCCAAGAGCCUCCACCAGGGCAGCACGCUGCUGCUGCCUCUCACCCAAAGACUCCAGCCAGUGGUGGCGAUAAGAAUGUCUCUCAGGUGGAAAGCCAGGGAAGUGAAAAGCUGAAAGAGAAGGAAGAGCAAGUGCCUGUUCAGACACUGAGUGACCGAACGAUUGAAGGUGCGUUGGAGCCCCUGGCUCAGAGCAAUGCUGAUGAUGUGGUCACGCUCGUGAAACAGCGGGAGACUCAGGAUAUGGCCGUGCACGUGAAACAGAAGGUCAGUCAGGAUGUUCAUCAGAGGGAAGAGGCUUGUCUGCAGGCUGACAAACAGAAAAUCCCAGAGAUGUCAAACACGGGCAAGAGCAUCGUCCCCGCAGUACCAAAGAAAGAGCCCCCGCCGGUUAUGAAGAAGAGUGUUAGAAUUAAGCAGGGGCAGAGACCAGAGGAGGCCCUUCAGAGUAUACAGGGACACACCAUCAGCCUGCAGAGUACACAAGGACACGCAAGCAGCCUAAAGAGUACACAAGGACACAUCAACACUCUAAAGAGUACACAAGGGCAUACCAACACCCUAAAGAGUACACAAGGGCAUACCAGCACCCUAAAGAAUACACAAGGACACACAAACACCCAAAAGAGUACACAAGAGCACACCAACACUCUACAGAGUACACAAGGACAUACCAACAUCGUCCCAGGCAAGGUGCCUGAGGUGUGUCCUUCUAUAGCCAAGGACGCCACAUCUAUGGUCAAGGCUGUCACAGGGGGAGCUAACACAGAGCACUUGGUUCCUGUGGGGGAGUGUGUGGAAGCCGCAAAUCUCCACAGCUCUUCAGUCCAGGCCGUCACAGGCGGCGCUAACACGGAACGUUUGGCUCCUGUAGGAGAGUGUGUGGAGUCCGCCAGACUCAGUGGCUCUUCUCCGCCCCCCUCCCCUCCUCCGGCCCACCAUCCACCCCCUCCCCCCUCUAAAACAUCCCCCCCAGCUUCAUCUUCCUCUUCUCCCCCUGAGGAGGAACAAGAGCCACUUCACACAGAGACUGUGUGGCCUCCUCCCCCUCCACCCCUGGAGGACCUGCCUGAGUUAGCUUACGAAGGACAGGAGGAGCUAGACUUCCCUCCACCCCCACCCCCUUUCUCCCAGCCGACCCUCCCGGAACUGCAAGGCUCUCAGAUGGACGCAAACCAGGAAAAUGAGCUGGAGGACCUUGAGGCACCUGUAGCUGACAAAUGUGUGGAGAUGCCUUCUAUACAACAACAGGAGGAGCUACAACCUGAUCAGGCAAUCCUGGGAAACCCAAUGGCAGCACUUCCUACUUUACCCGAGGCCGAACAACUCAAGCAGACGACUAUGUUAACUGAUGAUCAAGCAGUCACUGAUGCACAACCAGGUGAGGAUCUCCCUGAGUGCUUGGAAGCUGUAGGGCCAUUGGACUUGGGUAGUGGUACUGCCCCCUCCAAUGAGUUUCCUCAGACACUUACGAAACCUGCCCUCACUCCUGAGAACCAGCUAUUGACUCAAAAGCUCUCACCCCUGACACAGGAAAUCACACCUCUGACACAGGAAAUCCCACCUCCGACACAGGAAAUCCCGCCUCCAACACAGGAAAUCCCGCCUCCGACACAGGAAAUCCCACCUCUGACACAGGAAACUCCGAUUCUGACACCAGAGAUCCUGCCCCUGACUGAAGAGCUCCCCUCCCUGAUGCAAGAAACCCUGCUCCUGAAACAGGAAGUCCCAACCCUGAUCCAAGAUCUCCCACCCCUUACACUGGAAGUCCCGCCCCUUAACGAAGACAUCCCGCCUCCCCCACAAGAGGCCCCUCCUCCCCCACCAGCCACCAAUGACAGCGAUCCCGCCCCUGAGCCUCACAAGUCUGGCUCCGCAGGUUUGGGUCCUUCGGCGCUGCCCCUACUAACUCACAUGCCUGCCGCUUCGCUCCCUCAGUCGAGCAACGCCAUGGUGAACUUCAGGAGGCACUCCAGCCUGCUGAGCAGGGAGAGCCGCAGCAAGGACCUGCUCUCACGGAAGAGCACCUCCAUGCCCAAGGAGGACGCCAACAUCCCUCUGGUCACGCCCUCCCUGCUGCAGAUGGUCCGCCUCCGCUCUGUGGGAGUGGGUGAGGAUGCAGUGAUGGCUCCACCCCCUGAUCACACCCCAAAGGCUGAUAGCACACAGAGCCAGGACCAAGCUGCACCACAAAAACCCACAAGCUCGGACCAAAAGGUACCCCAAAAACCCACAAGCUCGGACCAAGACGUAUCUCAAAAGCUCAAGAGUCCAGACCCAGCAGCAUCCCAAAAACCCACAAGUGCAGACCAAGCAGUACCCCAAAAACCCAUCCGCAAGUCCCUGAGCCUGAGAGCCGGCUCCCCAGCUGUGAAGCCUUCCGGCGGCACGACUGCUGUGGCCCCCUCCCUUCGCCUGCAGGAGGCGGUUCGGCUGAAGACGGCGGCCAUGACGUCCAGGGACGGCCUCCCGCCCAGGCUAUGUCUGCGCUCCUCCCUGGCCUCUCUCCACAGCGCCGACGCGUCGUCUCCACCAGGGGGCGACAUGCACAAGUCUCCAGCUUCCACUGCCAGCUUCAUCUUCUCCAAGAGCACAAAGAAGGUCGUCAUAGAUACGGCCUCUGCCCCCGAGGCGCAGGCGGGCCUGAAGCAGAGCCUGGCGGCCGAGCUGAGGCAGGUGUCUGACCAGGCCAAGCUGGCGGCGGCCAACGGCGCCAACAAGAUGGCGAAGCUUCCGCCUCCCGUCGCCAGGAAGCCACCGCAGCACAGCACAAAUGCCACCGAGAAGGUCGCCGCAGCGACCGAGCAGAGUCUCUGGGGAGGUUCGCAGGGUUCUGCAGCAGGAGCAGUAGCAGCCAACGGUGGGACCACUAUGGUGGAUGUUGGUGGUCAGCAAACACAGGCGACAGACGAGACAGAUUCAGCAGCAGGAGCAGACAGAACAAACAGCAUUGAGGUUUCGUGAGGAGGGAUGGAGGGAUGGAGAGAUGGAGGGAUGGAGGGAUGGAGGAAGUCACAGGAGUCGGCACGGAGAAGGAGUAGCUGCGUCGCCAGCGAUGGAGACACAUAACCAUGGCAACAUGGAGCGUGGUCACUGGGACUGAUAUGUGAUCUCAAACUGCCUUAGCCUCACUACGGCCUACCUAUUUAUGCAAAAACGCUCCUAGUCCCGCCCCCUUUUACCUUAAAUAGCUUUAUUUUAGCCUUUGAAGUAUUUUUCUAAACAGCCGUUUUUGUCUGCAUGGUUUAGAGUGUAAACAGCUUACCCAAAUAGGGUGGCUGUACGGCUCUUUACAGAGGUCUCUGACUGCGAGGUUAGGCUGCCCUCUAGUGAUCACCAUGGGUAGCGCGCACUGUUCAUUUCACUGUUUGAUUGGUCAGCCACACCUUUUGUGUCUGGCCUGUGUACACCUAUCAUACAUAAUUUUGAUUUGAAGCACUCAGAAGUAGACGCUCUACAUGUGAUCAUGUGCUCCACUAACUAACUGCUAGCAAUGUUAUAUUUUAUGAUAGAUUUGCGUGCAAAUUGUCUGUUAACCUGUAAAUGCAUUUACAUAGACAUUUUAAAACUAAAACUAUAUUUAAUUUGUUUUUUUCCUCAUACACUUUGUUUGGGAAAUGAUGAAAGUGCUUUUUAAGAAUAAGCUGAUGCAUAUAUUUGAAUAUAAAUGAACUCUUUUGAACUUAUAUAACAAAAAAGCACUUUUUUUUAGCAAUCCAUGCUGCGCCCGCAGGGUAAAGCCACUGAUGUAGUUCCACGGGAGGUCCAGUAGGUGCAGAAUAAUUUAGCUACUUCUUAGCAGAAGCUCGAGGCAACGGCGUUCUCCUUGUUAGGAGUUCCUCGUUACUUAAUUGCUUAUUUAUUUAUGACCUUAUAUUUAUGUUGUCAUGAGCAUUUUCCCUGAUCACAUAGAUGACCUGUCGAAGCAUCAUGUAUUUACCAUGGUGGGAAGAAAACACUUCACAUAAACAUCUCUGAACA